GCUGCAUCCAAAAGUGCUUGGUUCUGGUAAAGUGACCAUGGCAGUUGUUGUUCUUGCUGUGAUUUUGUUGGCCAUGGCUGGUCACUCAAGUGGGACAUGGUGUGUAUGCAAAGAAGGGUUAAGCGAGGCAAUGCUGCAGAAGACAUUGGACUACGCAUGUGGUGCAGGAGCUGAUUGUGGACCCAUUCACCAGAACGGACCUUGCUUCAACCCAAACACCGUCAAGUCUCAUUGCUCCUACGCCGUCAACAGCUUCUUUCAGAAGAAAGGUCAGUCUCAGGGCACUUGUGACUUUGCUGGCACAGCCAUCGUCUCAGCCUCUGAUCCCAGCUACACAACUUGUCCUUUCCCUGCAAGUGCCAGUGGUAGUGGGACAACGACUCCAGUGACGACAACACCUUCGACAAGAGUCCCUACAACAACUAAUACAAGACCCUACACAAUAACACCAUCAACAGGAGGAGGUUUGGGAAUACCAUCUGCUCCUGUUUCAAUGGAAGCAAUAACUACUUCAAGGGUUGUGCCAGUUCAGCUUCCCUGUAGAAGGAAGCUCUCUUCACUUUUUGCUAAUUCGUCUUGCAUUGCGUUAAGGAGAUAUCCUUGUAGAGGUCUUGUCUCGAUCAUCAACCAUCCCAAAUUGCUUCGUCCAGUGACUGCUUCUGUGCAGCCACAAGAGUUGUCGGCUUUGGGGAACGAAAGCAACGUUGUUCCUUCUAAAGAAAUUCUUGAUCUUUGGCGAAGUGUUGAAGCGGUAUGUUUCGAUGUGGAUAGCACGGUUUGUGUGGAUGAAGGUAUUGAUGAACUUGCUGAGUUUUGUGGAGCUGGAAAGGCUGUUGCUGAAUGGACUGCCAGAGCAAUGGGUGGAUCUGUUCCAUUUGAAGAAGCUCUAGCUGCAAGACUUUCUUUGUUCAAGCCUUCUCUUUCAAAAGUUGAGGAAUAUCUCGAAAAGAGACCCCCGAGGCUAUCCCCUGGCAUUGAAGAGUUGGUCAAGAAACUCAGAGCCAAUAACAUUGAUGUCUAUUUGAUAUCUGGAGGUUUUCGACAGAUGAUCAAUCCUGUAGCAUCGAUUCUUGGCAUCCCUCGGGAGAAUAUCUUUGCUAACAAUCUUCUAUUUGGAAAUUCCGGCGAGUUUCUGGGCUUUGAUGAGAACGAACCUACAUCAAGAAGUGGAGGCAAAGCCAAGGCUGUGCAACAAAUACGAAAGGGUUGUCUCUACAAGACUAUGGCCAUGAUUGGAGAUGGUGCUACUGAUCUUGAAGCACGUAAACCUGGUGGCGCAGACUUGUUCAUAUGCUACGCCGGAGUUCAGCUUCGUGAAGCCGUUGCAGCAAAAGCAGACUGGCUUAUCUUUAAGUUUGAAUCUCUCAUAAACUCAUUGGACUAAAAGAUAGCGAUUAUUCUCGUUUAGCUAAACUCAUUAUUCAUAUCUCCAAAUUUGUACCCUUUUUAUGAAUUUGUGUGAAAUACCAUUGAAUCAACAAAUGUUUUUGCC